CAAAGCAAAUUAAGAAAAUCCUUAGUGGAGAGAGAGAGAGAGAACCGCCAAUGACGGAACCGAGCCAAAAAGAAGAAGUAAUAAAUAAGAGUGGGAAAAUGUAAAACCCUAAUCGUCUCCGCCUUCUCCUUCUCCUCCUCCUCCUUCUUCUUCACCGCCUCUUCCAACAGUCACCUCCUUCGCCUGCAACUCCUCGCGUUCCAGCUGGAUAAAUACGAAACAAAAGCCAACCCUUCAUCAAUCAGAUUGAACCGAAACGAGGGUCGCUCUCAGAUCCUGCGCCCGAGCUCUCUCUGCUUUCGUUCCUUCCUUUCCUUUCCUUCCGUCCCUCAAUGCCCUCCGCCAUGGGAGUCAACGACUGCGGGAGACCCUACAAGCGCCUCAAGAGGAGAGUGACCGCCGACCUGUCCGACUUCCUCUCCUUCUCCUCCUCCUCCGGCGGCGGCGGCGGCGGAGGCGGAGAGUUCUCUGGCGGGCCCUUCCGGUCGAGGGUCGCCGAGUUCCUGAGCGCACGCGCCCGCGCCACCUUCCCGCCGUCUCCCUUCUCGUCGCUGGCCGCGUGGAGGGUCCUCUUCCGCGUCGGCGACCUGGACUCGUCCAAGGUGGUGGUCCCCCUGGACGUCGUCGAGGAGGACGUCACGAGGUCCAGAUCCGUGUACUGUGACCAGUGCCGUGUCGUUGGGUGGAGCGGACAUCCGGUGUGUAAGAAGCGGUACCAUUUCAUCAUAAGGAGGUCCGACGAGACCUGUCUCUCCCAAGGCAAAUGCCGCAAGUCUUGCUCCAGAUGUGGCAACACCUUCCUCUUGUCCGAUUCCAGGUGCAAAUGGUGCGACUGCGAGAUAACUUUGGAGGAUGUGGAGGAGUGGGUCUACUCGCAGCUGGAGAGCAACACCCAUCUCUUGCACGGCGUGAUCCACUCCAACGGCUUCGGCCACCUGCUCUCCCUCAACGGCCGAGAGGGCGGCUCCACUGUCCUCUCCGGCCGCGACAUCAUGAACUUCUGGGACGGCCUCUGCACCACGCUCUCCGUCAGGAAGGUCAGCGUGAUGGAUGUGUCCAUGAAAUAUGGGAUGGAGUGUCGACUGCUGCAUUCGAUCGCUCACGGCCGCACUUGGUAUGGCAACUGGGGCUACGAGUUCAGUGCAGGAAGCUACGCCUUAACGCUCGAAGCAUACAAGAGAGCCAUUAGCACGCUCUCUAGCAUGCCCUUGUCGCCCCUUCUGUUCUGCAGCCGGAAGCCUCGGACUUCCUUGCAGAGAAUCAUUGCUUUCUACCUAGCCAUAGCCGAGACCGAACUCCUAACGCUGCAAGAUCUCUUCUCGUUCAUGUUGGGUCUGAUCCGCGAACACGGAAGGUUUUCUAAUGAACCCUCCAAGAAGAAACCUCGGCCUUCGAACGUGUUAUGUGCUUGGUCUCGGGACAAGGUUGAGCGUGUGGAGCAGGCUAUGGUGAGAGUUCUAUUAGCCGCGGUUGGUGAGGCUGGCUGGGUGAACAGGUGUACUCUCAAAGGUGCCCUGUAUAAGUCUGCUUCUCCUGAGCUUCUUGAUUAUUGCCUCAAACACCUGGGAGGGAAAUCGACGGCCGAUGGGAUGGUCGUCCGGACCCGUUUCAACCCCACAACAAGUGCUGUUGAAUUCAGGCUCGAGACUCCGAUUCUUGGAUACGAUGGAUCUCGCUCCCAACUUAACCAUCCAUCGAGAGAGCAUGUGAUUCGCGACCUUAAGUUCCUGUACAGUUCUUUGAUUUUUCCGGAAACAAUGGUACAUUAUAGACCUCAAGCAACAAGAGAGAGUGUGCGAGAUUCGGCCGCAAAGCUUCUUGACUGCAAGCAGUUUAUGAAGGAUUACACAUUCGAUGGAGAGACAGUUAAAUCCCCACGAAACAUUCACCUUUGGUGUCAUGUGGAGCUCUCAGACCAUUCUAAGGACGAAUUGCUCCUCCCCCGGGAACUGAUUGUGUUGCCCAUGAAUGCAACUGUGGCUGACCUUAAAGCCGAAGUCACAAAGACUUUCCAAGACGUGUAUGCCAUGUUUAAGCGGUUUCAGGCAGUGGGUUUCCCCGAGUAUGGCCAUAUUGAGGAUUCUCUCUCUGUUAAGCUUUUGACUGGUUUCAAUGGGUCUGUUCGGGUUCAGGGUAAGUGCCUCUCGAUGCACGGGCUCAACCGCUUUCGGAUGGAGAGGGGUAUAGAGAACUGGACUGUGGAUUGUGUCUGUGGAGCCAAGGAUGAUGAUGGAGAGAGGAUGUUGGAUUGCGACAUGUGCGGGGUUUGGCAGCAUACCAGGUGUGCCGGAAUUGACAAUUCAGACUCGGUUCCUUCCAAAUAUGUUUGCAAGAGCUGUUUGGGCUGGUCCACUCAAGUUAGGAGGGCAUCGGGUUAUGAUGGUAACACCACCAAUGUGGAUUUUUCUAUUCCGGGUGCUACUUGCAGGGUUCAAGCUAUGCUAACUGAUGAUCGCAAAGUUGGAAGCAAUGUAAAUAUGUCGUAUGGUGUACCCUGAGUGUAGAUUUCAUGUUGUAUAUUUAUGCAGUCAUGCAGUUUUGCCA